AUGGCUAAAAAGAAAAAGAAAUCUUGUACAAAGACUUCAAAUACAACAUUGAAGCGAGAUUUUGAUGCUCUUGUCAUAGCUUUAGAAGCUCCAUCGGCACUUUCCUCCCACCAAGUUUCCCUUGCUUCAGCUCUAGCCCAAGAUCAUGUAGAGGUUGAGGAUUGUUCGGAUGAGGAUGAUCACCUUGAGGAAGAAGUGGACUACUCAAAUUUAGAUGGGGAGCAGAUCUCUCGGUCAAAAUUCUUUAAGACACCUCCUCAUUUAUUGAUAGGGGAUGCCGAUGUUUAUGUUCGGAAUCCUACUUUAAAGUUGGACCUUCUCUUCAAGCAAAUGCUUAAUCCCCCAUCCCUCCGGACAACAAGGCAAAUCCCGGAAUGA